AUGGGCUCCCAAACCAGCGAAACCCCGGCGCUCGCUACGAACCCCAAGUUCAUCUUCUUCACCGACUUUGACGGCACCAUCACCCUCGAGGACUCCAACGACUUCCUCACCGACAAUGUCGGAUACGGCUACGAAAACCGCCGCGCCGGUAACCUGCUCGUGCUCGAGGGCAAGAAGCACUUCCGCGACAGCUUCCAGGAGAUGAUGGACUCGGUCAAGAUGCCCUUUGACCAGUGCAUCGAGUACUUGAAGGCCAACGUCAAGCUCGACCCGGCCUUCAAGGACUUUUACCACUGGUGCCGCCAGAACAACGUACCCGUCGUGAUCAUCAGCGGCGGCAUGCGCCCCAUCAUCCGCGCCCUGCUCGUCAUGUGGCUCGGCGAGGAUGAGGUCGACAACCACAUCCAAAUCGUCAGCAACCAGGUUGCCGCCCGCGACGGCAAGGCCACCAUCAACGAGGAGGGCGGCUGGCGCAUCGUCUACCACGACGACAGCAUCCACGGCCACGACAAGUCCAUUGAGCUGCGCAAGUACUCGUCCCUGCCCGAGCGCCCCGUCAUGUUCUACGCCGGCGAUGGCGUUUCAGAUCUUUCCGCCGCCCGUGAGACCGAUCUGCUGUUUGCCAAGCGCGAUAAAGAUCUCGUUACGUACUGCGAAAAAGAGGGCAUUUCCUUUGUCACAUUCAAUGACUUCUCCGACAUCCACGAAACCGUCAAGCAGAUUGUCGAGGGCAAGAUUAGCGUAAAGGACGCUGCACGGGGACGCAUCCAUUAA